AUGCUCAUAAUUUUUACUCGGGACGUUGCACUACAGCACUUUCGACGGACUAUGUAUCAGCGAGAUCACACAUGCGAAUACUGUGGAAAAUCGUUUUCCUUAUCGGUCUACCUUGGGGCCCACGUAAGAACUGUUCAUUUGAAAGAACGACCCCACAGAUGUGACCAUUGUGGUAGAUGCUUCCUUCAGAAGGGCACUCUGAAAAAACACAUCAACGCAGUGCAUUCGAACGUACGCCCCCAUAGGUGUGAUCGUUGUGGUAAAUCGUUUUCAGUGAAGAACACUUUGCAAAGGCACAUCAGUUCUGUUCAUUUAAACGAACGUCCCCAUACGUGUGACGGUUGUGGUAAAUCGUUUCCCGUAAAUGGCACUUUACAAAGGCAUAUCCGUGUAGUUCACUUAGCACAGCUGACGUCACCUUCCGUUUCUCAUCAAGAAAAGCGGCCUCACAAAUGCAACUACUGUGAAAAAACAUUUCCUUUUAUGACCAAUCUCUGGCUCCACGAACAGCGUGUUCACCUGAGUGAACGCCCUUAUGCGUGUGACCACUGUGGUAAAUCGUUUUCUAUGAAGAUCCAUUUGCGAAGACAUGUGGUUUUUGUUCAUUUGGGAGUGCGCCCCCAUGCGUGUGACCACUGUGCUAGCUCGUUUGCGUUGAAGGACGAUUUGCGAAGCCACAUCAGUUCUGUUCAUUUGGGAAAACGCCCCUAUGCGUGUGACCACUGUGGUAAAUCGUAUUUUAGGAAGAAACAUUUACGAAGUCAUAUCAAUUUUGCUCAUUUGGUACGACGAACCCACUUUUGUGAGUAUUGCGACAAAUCCUUUUUCCAGAAAGCUUAUCUCAACUCUCACAUAUCUUCCGUCCACUUGAAAAGGCGGCCCCACAAAUGCAAGUACUGUGAGAAAACGUUUUGCUCUAUGGACAGUCUCCGGGUCCAUGAACAGUCUGUACACCUGAAAGAGCGACCUUACACAUGUAUGUACUGUGAGAAAACGUUUCCACGAAAGGUUAACCUCCUGCUCCACGUGCAAUCUGUUCAUUUGAAGCAACGCCAUACGUGUGAACACUGUGGGAAAUCGUUUUCUAUAAAAGGCACCUUGCAAAAACACCUCAAAUUUGUUCAUUUAAGUGAGUGCGAGUCAACUUUAAAUUGCGUCUCUUACGUUGUAUUGUCUUUGUCGAUGCCACACUGUUUCGAAGGAAUCAGUUUUACCGAUUGCCACAACUCUUCAUUUUGUUACUCUCACUGCUCAGAAACGUUUUGAUCUACAUACUAUUCACCUCUACAAAUCAUUACCAUGAUAUCUAGCUGGCGUAUAAAUUUGUUUGACUCUUCUCGUGAUUAUCUGGCUGGCAGCAUCCGUUUUCCGGAUUUGUCUAUCACUGAGGCAGUAAACAACCACAUUUACCC